CAAGACCUCCACGCAUCCCAGUCUCCCCCCUCUCUUCUUGCGAGGACGCUCGUGUGCGAGAGUCCUCCUUUCUCAUUUGCCUUCUCGGCAGCAAUGGGACUGCUUUCACUGUAGUGCUUCCCUGGCUGCAAUUGUGACGUAAACAACAAAUCUUUCCUCCACUCCUUCCAGUGCAAGCUCAGUGAGAGCUCACUUCGCCUACCAUGGCUACCACCUCGCAUAUGUUCAUGUAUUCCCUGACGAUCCAGCCUCCUACUGCUGUCACGCAAGCCAUUUUGGGUCAAUUCGCUGGAACAAAGGAGCAGCAGAUUGUCACGGCGUCGGGAUCGAAGCUGACGAUUCAUCGUCCCGAUCCCACACAGGGCAAGGUCACUCCGCUCUUUUCCCAGGAUGUCUUUGGCAUCAUUCGCUCUCUGGCAGCCUUCAGGCUAGCUGGUAGCAACAAAGAUUAUAUUAUCAUUGGCUCGGAUUCUGGACGCAUCACCAUCAUCGAGUAUGUCGCUGCUCAGAAUAGGUUCCAUCGGAUCCACCUUGAGACUUUUGGCAAGUCAGGUGUCCGUCGAGUGGUUCCCGGCCAGUACCUGGCGGUUGAUCCCAAGGGUCGAGCCUGCAUGAUGGCGUCUGUCGAGAAGAACAAGCUCGUUUAUGUUCUGAAUCGGAACUCGCAGGCCGAGCUGACGAUCUCUUCACCGCUGGAGGCUCACAAGCCACAGACAUUGGUCUUUGCCAUGUCCGCUCUAGAUGUAGGGUAUGAAAACCCCAUCUUCGCGGCGCUGGAAGUCGACUAUUCUGAGUCGGAUCAGGAUCCGACCGGACGUGCUUUCGAAGAGAUCGAGAAGCACUUGGUGUAUUAUGAGCUGGAUCUCGGUCUCAACCACGUCGUUCGCAAGUGGUCUGAUCCUGUUGAUCGCACCGCAUCCAUGCUCUUUCAGGUUCCUGGCGGUGCAGAUGGUCCCAGUGGUGUCUUGGUUUGUGGGGAGGACAGCAUUACCUACCGCCACUCCAACCAAGAUGCCUUCCGCGUGCCGAUCCCGCGGCGCAAGGGUGCCACUGAAAACCCCGAGCGCAAGCGGCAUGUAACUGCCGGUGUCAUGCACAAGAUGAGAGGAGCAUUCUUCUUCCUUCUGCAGUCCGAUGACGGUGAUCUCUUCAAGCUCACCAUUGACAUGGUUGAGGAUGACAAUGGUCAACUCACGGGCGAAGUGCGACGACUCAAGAUCAAGUACUUCGACACGGUUCCUGUGGCGUCCUAUCUCUUGAUUCUCAAGAGUGGUUUCCUGUAUGUGGCAAGCGAAGCUGGCAAUCAUCACUUUUAUCAGUUUGAAAAACUGGGCGAUGAUGACGAGGAGAUUGAAUUUUCGAGUGAGAAUUUCGAUCCGGACCCUAUGGUGGCUUGCGACCCUGUCUACUUCCAGCCCAGAGCCGCAGAGAAUCUCAAUCUGGUGGAGACUAUCAACUCGCUGAACCCGUUGAUUGACAGCAAAGUUGCCAAUUUGACAGAAGAUGAUGCUCCCCAGAUCUACACGAUAUCUGGCACAGGCGCUCGCAGCACCUUUAGAACGCUGAAACACGGACUAGAGGUGUCUGAGAUCGUUGAGUCAGAGCUUCCCAGUGUCCCAUCUGCGGUGUGGACCACCAAGCUGACUCGUGCGGAUGAGUUCGACGCCUACAUCAUUCUUUCAUUCGCCAACGGCACACUUGUACUUAGCAUUGGCGAGACAGUCGAGGAAGUGACCGACACCGGUUUCCUCUCCACUGCCCCCACGCUUGCCGUUCAACAACUUGGAGAAGAUUCCUUGAUCCAGAUCCACCCUCGUGGUAUUCGUCACAUCUUGGCGGAUAGACGAGUGAACGAAUGGCCUGCUCCCCAGCAUCGGUCAAUCGUCGCCGCUACUACCAACGAACGCCAGGUUGCUGUGGCGUUGAGUUCUGGAGAAAUUGUGUAUUUUGAGAUGGAUGCAGAUGGAUCCCUGGCUGAGUACGAUGAACGUCGCCAAAUGUCUGGUACCGUUACCUGCCUGAGUCUUGGCGAGGUUCCCGAGGGUCGUGUCCGUAGCUCGUUCCUCGCUGUCGGGUGUGAUGACUCGACAGUUCGCAUUCUUAGUUUGGAUCCAGAUUCCACGCUUGAAAGCAAGUCUGUCCAGGCUCUUACUGCGGCUCCAUCAGCUUUGAACAUCAUGUCGAUGGCCGACUCCAGCUCGGGAGGCACUACUUUAUAUUUGCAUAUUGGCCUGCAUUCGGGCGUCUACCUACGAACAUUGCUUGAUGAGGUCACUGGUGAACUAUCAGAUACUCGCACCCGAUUCUUGGGAUCCAAGGCAGUCAAGCUGUUCCAAGUGUCUGUCAAGGGCCAGACAGCAGUCCUUGCACUCAGCUCUCGUCCCUGGUUGGGAUACUCUGAUGUCCAAACGAAGGGCUUCAUGCUCACACCACUUGACUAUGUCGGGCUCGAAUGGGGCUGGAACUUCUCGAGCGAACAGUGUGUGGAAGGCAUGGUUGGCAUUCAAGGACAAAAUCUACGGAUUUUCUCCAUUGAGAAGCUCGAUAACAACAUGCUUCAACAGUCAAUCCCACUCGCAUAUACUCCUCGGCGCUUUGUAAAACACCCAGAGCAGCCACUCUUUUAUGUCAUCGAAUCUGAUAAUAAUGUCCUUGCACCUGCCACAAGAACACAGCUUCUUGAGGACGCCAAAGCGCGUGGCGAGGAGGUAAAUGUCUUACCACCGGAAGAAUUUGGCUAUCCCCGGGGGUCCGGCCAUUGGGCCUCUUGCAUCCAGGUCGUCGAUCCCUUGGAAGCUAAGUCGGUCGUCUACACCGUGGAGCUGGAGGAGAACGAGGCCGCAGUCAGCGUUGCAGCAGUUCCCUUCACCAGCCAAGACGAUGAAACAUUCUUGGUUGUCGGAACCGUGAAGGAUAUGACUGUCAACCCGCAGUCUUCUGUUGGAGGAUACAUUCACAUCUACCGUUUUCAGGAAGACGGUAAAGAGCUUGAGUUCAUCCACAAGACUAAGGUUGAUGAUCCUCCUCUCGCCCUCCUUGGAUUCCAAGGCCGCCUCGUCGUCGGUCUUGGGUCUUUGCUCCGAAUUUAUGACCUUGGUAUGAAGCAACUUCUCCGCAAGUGCCAGGCGCCGGUCGUGCCGACGACCAUCGUAGGCCUGCAGACUCAAGGCAGUCGCAUUGUUGUCAGCGAUGUCCGCGAGAGUGUCACUUAUGUUGUCUACAAAUACCAGGAGAAUGUCCUGAUUCCUUUUGUGGACGACUCUCUGUCACGCUGGACUACCACCACUACAAUGGUUGACUACGAAACAACUGCUGGUGGUGACAAGUUCGGCAACCUUUGGUUGCUGCGCUGCCCCAAGAAGACCUCUGAAGAGGCGGAUGAGGAUGGUUCGGGUGCCCACCUGAUGCAUGAACGUGGUUACCUGCACGGAACCCCUAACCGGUUGGAGUUGAUGAUCCAUGUCUAUACCCAAGACAUCCCAACUAGCUUGCAUAAGACGCAGCUGGUGGCGGGAGGACGCGACAUUGUCGUCUGGACCGGCUUCCAAGGUACCAUUGGAAUGCUGGUACCGUUCAUCAGUCGGGAGGACGUCGACUUCUUCCAGAACCUGGAGAUGCAGUUGGCUGCACAGCAUCCUCCUCUCGCUGGUCGGGAUCACCUGAUCUACCGCAGUUACUAUGCACCUGUUAAGGGUGUCAUUGACGGAGAUCUGUGUGAGAUGUAUUUCUUAUUGCCUAAUGACACGAAGAUGAUGAUUGCCGGUGAGCUUGAUCGAUCGGUGCGCGAAAUCGAGCGCAAGAUUUCCGACAUGCGCACCAGGGUGGCGUACUGAUUUUGAACGAAGGAGAUUUGGCGUCUGAUCAGGAUAAUGUCAUGAUAUGAGGGUUCUAGAUACCCAUAAUCGAUUACCAUGCCUACCG